AACUUUUCAUACUCCGACCGUGACGAUGCUCAGCACACGAUUCUCAAGGCUGUUGAAAUGGAAAAUCCGGCUUCAACCAUCGCUCCAACAACAUGCCUCAAACGCAAUACAUCAUUGCUACCACCUCCAUCAUUUCCUGCACUAGAACUGGCCCAGCUUCGUUUGAAUCAUCCUCCGUCGUCCUCUGAGAGAAGCCAUGCAUGUAAAAUUUUGGAGAAGGAGAAGGAUCAAUUGAAGUGGUAUGAUAAAGAGCUUAACCGUCUCAUCGGAAUUGUAAACAAGUUGAAGGAGGAGAGGAGCUGUCUUGAGAGGCGAAUCAUGGAACGCGAGAACUGGUUGGCGGGCAUUCGGCAUCUUCCCAUCGAGAUAUUGGCCGAGAUAUUCUCGAUUUCAUGCUCGACGUACGACCACGCACUUGCUAUCUAUAAGCUUGAAGGCAAAGGCGAGACUGUUGUUACUGCCCCUGUAUUAGCGCUCUCCCAAGUCUCGCAUCAUUGGAGGCGAGUUGCGGCUCUAUGCCCUCGUUUAUGGUCCUCUAUCAGCGUCGACGUGGGGCGAUUUACUGGAAGUUAUGAUGGCAUUUUCACAGCAUACCUGGAAAACUCGGCAUCUCAUCCUCUUAAAAUAAGAAUUCGCAAUCUGGGAUCAUCGAUUGGGAUACACGGUUCAGGAGCGAAACGUUUUGCCCUCGCUGAUAAAAUACUUUUGCAGUCGCCACGAAUCGAGGUUCUCAUAUUAGAUAUCGACCUUCGUUGUGGGCUUCCCCGCGAUUCACGAUAUGCAUUCCCGCUCCUGCGAGAGUUCACGACUACAUCACGCCUUGGUUUGCCGAAUCAGAGUGGGCUAACAAAAUCGUUAAAUGACGCUCCUCUCCUCAACACCAUUACUAUCGCGUUUCUAAACGACGGCGCUCUUCUUCCCUAUAGUCAGCUCACCUCCUUGACGAUAGGUGACAUAGGAAGCAUUGAAUACUUCUAUAGCACGUUGCAGAAGUGUUUGAACCUCAGAAAGUUGACGAUCACCCACCCCUACAAUUUAAACCAAGACAACCAUAGGACCAUUGAAAUGCCGACCCUCCAUACUUUAUCCUUUCGAACGGUGCUUGACCAAAAACUUUAUCACAAUAUAAAAUUCCCAAAUCUGCGUACUUUCACUGCAAUUUAUUCAGAGCCUCGUGGCAACGAUGAACAGGAAUGGCCUUGCCCUGGUUUCAGGUCUGUUAUCCAGUCCUGUUCGUCCACUCUACGAAGUCUAUCACUCGUGUUCACUCAAUACACCGCCACCAAUCUUGCUGCUCGUCAGGUUUUGGAGCUAGUAUCGCCUCAUUUGAGUUACCUCGAAAUUCAUUUGAUUCGCGAUACAACCGGUUUUACAGAGGCGCUCGUAUCUCUUCUUACUGUCCCCAAUCCCACGGAAAACCGACCGGCCAUUGUCGUGCCAGUGUUACGCCGGUUGAAGGUAACCGUCUUUUGUGGCCAACCGCUGUAUACGGAAAAGGUUGCAAAUUUAAUAGUGGAGAUGAUGAUGUCCAGGAGUCAGAAGAACCUGGUUGAUCACCAGCCUGGAACCAUAGAGGCGUCGUCUCUUGCGGUAGCUUUAUUCGAUUUUAGGCAUCCGGCGAUACGUGGCAACAGAGAAACGGGUGGAAUGCCAGACGAUUCUGACCGUUUUUUGGAGAUAAUCAAUGCGGUCCAAUUGGAUCGCGAUAUGUCCUUACGUGCUCUCGUUGGCCUACGUACAUGAAACGCGAUAGUGACUCUAUAGAUGGUGGUAUAGGCCUUGAUUUUCUUACUUCCCACAUUUAGUCCCAAUGCC